AUGGAAUAUUGUCAAAACGCGAGAGUGGGCUACCUAGACAACUACAUACAAGGGUACAAAGACCGUGCAGAAACGUUUCAAAGACGGAACAGCCAGUCGUGUGGCAGACGGAAAUUAGGAUACACACAGUUAAUCGUAAACGGUGACGUCACGCAGGCAGGAGAUUGGCCCUGGCACGUUGCGAUAUAUAGGCUCGAUAAAAACUCCUUGAAGUAUAUUUGUGGGGGGACUCUGAUCUCCAAGAAUUAUGUUCUUACAGCUGCUCAUUGUACAACCAUACACGGUGCACCAUUGUUACCAGAAAUCCUAAGUGUUGUACUAGGGAAGUAUAAUUUAAUUGGAGGUGAUGUAGGAUCCAUAGAAAGAGAGGUGCAUUCGAUAACAGUGCAUGAAGAAUUCACUCUACCAUAUUUGCACAACGACAUAGCACUUCUGAAAUUAAAAACGGAAGUCACAUUUAGUGAUUAUAUACAACCAUCCUGCCUUUGGUAUAAAGGAGCGUAUGAACAACUACCUGGUCACAAAAUCAAUGGUACAGUCGUAGGAUGGGGUUUCGACCAAACUGAUUCACUAUCGUCGAAACUGAAUAAAGCGACUUUUCUUAAGCUAUCUGAAGGGAACUGUAUCAAGAAAAAUCCAUUGCUAUAUGCUACCAUUCUUACUGACAAAAAGUUUUGCGCAAAAGGUAACGAUGGUACUUCGCCCUGCAACGGCGACAGUGGUGGUGGUUUCCACGUCUUCGUGCCAGACACCCCUCAAGACAGCUCUCCUAGUGCCAUCGGAUCUUGGCAUGUGAGAGGCAUAGUAUCUGUCACAGCUAGGAGGAACGACGCCCCGAUUUGUGAUCCUGACCAAUAUACAGUAUUCACGGAUGUCGCCAAGUUUACUGACUGGAUCAAUAAGUAUAUCAGUUAA